CAAUUCCCCCAUUUUCUUUGGCCGCAACCGCUUAACGACCGCCAGCCGACGACCAGUCCAGACGCGACUCCCGGCGGCUUGAAUGCCGGAGUGCGGUGGCUGAAUAAACUGCGACAAAUGCGCCGGGAGAUGGACCUCAGCGCUGGAGCUGCAUACUCUUCCUCUUCUUCUCUUCCUCCUCAUCCCGCUUCGUCUAGGUCGUCCUACGCCACCGCCUCCGCCUUGCGGAUUUCCCGCCCCGUUAAGGUCAUACCUCUGCAGCAUCCGUCGAUUGCGGCUUCUUCCAAGCCUUCGGUUUACGGGGAUCUCGUGUCGAGGUGGACGGAGAAGGUGAGACGGAUGACGUGGACGGAGUGGAUUGAGCUGUCCUUACCCUGCUUUCGCUGGAUUCGGAAGUACAGGUGGAGACAGGACUUGCAACCUGAUCUCAUUUCCGGCGUCACCGUCGGGGUCAUGCUUGUGCCUCAGGUGUCCUUCUACAUCUAUUUUGAUUUUGAAAUUGUCUCGGUUUCGUAUAACUUAACUGAAUGAAUAUUGAAAACUGGAGCUGUUUAUGUACAAUUGAGAUAAUGAAAUCAAUGAAUAUAAGUUAUUGAUAUAACCAAAAUGGUGGUUCACUUUGUCUUUGUCGCUCAACUUCUGAAAACUGGUUGUGGCAAAGAAAGCAAGCAUAAGAGUUCUAUCUUAAAUCAAGCUUUGAGGUAUGA